AUGGCCUUUGACUCUUUACCUUCCCCCCCUCCCGCUGCUCCUUCUCAUCAACAUGAGGAUUACUCUAAUCCUUUCUAUCUUCAACACGGUGACCAUCCCGGUGCUAUUCUCGUCUCUCAGCCACUAAACAGCGAUAACAAUCUUACUUGGAACCGGUCUAUGUCCAUGGCCCUUAUUUCCAAGAAUAAGCUUUGUUUUGUGAAUGGUGCUUUGCCACCGCCUCCUGUCUUAGAUCCAAUGCAUAGUGCAUGGAUUCGGUGUAAUAUAGUGGUUCUGUCAUGGCUUCUCAAUGCUAUGUCGAAGGAGAUCGCAUCCUCUGUCAUCUAUAUCGAUUUUGCCGAGGAGAUGUGGAAGGAUCUAAAGGAAAGGUUUGCUCAAAGCAAUCGCCCUCAUAUUUUUCAGAUCCGAAAGAACAUUGCAUCUUUAACUCAAGAAGCUUCAUUUGUAAGUUCUUAUUUUACCCGUUUAAAAAGUUGUUGGGGAAAAAUGGUUCAUUUUCGCCCUCUGCCUUCAUGUUCUUGUGGAGCUAUAGAGAAAAUCGUUGAUUUUCAACAAGAAGAUUAUGUUCUACAGUUCUUGAUGGGCCUUAAUGAAUCUUAUGCUUAUCUGCACAGUCAGAUUUUACUUUCUGAUCCAUUUCCCCCAAUUAAUAAGGUUUUCUCUCUUGUUUUACAAGAAGAGAAACAGAGAGAAAUUGUAUCUGAUUCUCUGACUCCUACUAAAUCUGUUGUCAUGUUUUCAAAUAGAGAUUCUACUCGAGAUUUUAAUCGUGGAUCAACUGGACCACCUGGAUCUAAUGGAUCCAAACAUGGCAAGACUUUUGUUCCUCGGAAGGAUCGACCACACUGUACACAUUGUGGUUUAUCAAGGCACACUAUUGAUAAAUGUUACAAGAUUCAUGGGUAUCCUCCUAGAUACAAACUGAGAUCCUGA